GCGUUUACUUCCUGUUUUGGUCCGAGUCGCAAAGUGACAGCCUCGUGCGUCUGUUAAAGUUUGGAUCUAUAUAAAUAUGAGUGAAAGUGAAUCAAACCAGAGACAGAUUUUAAAUUAGUGAAUGAAAUAAAAGUUUAGAAUCACGUAGUCACGCAGCGGGGGGGAUGGAGCUCCGGAGUCCAUAACAACCGGAAAGUUUCAGGUCCAAACUGAAAACAGGAGAGAGGAGCCGGACCGAAACAACCCGAGAGAGACCGAGGAGCAUCGGGGAGUAGACCAUGUCAGACCUGGACGUCUCCCUGCGGCGUUCUCUGGUUUUGGGGCUGGAGGUUUUGGAGCGAGCGUCCAAACGAAGAGUGGACUGGACCCGGAUCAGGCCUAUGGGCCACAGCUUGAACAGUGCUCAGAGAGAGUCCAGAGAAGAGAGACACGAAGAGACAAAACAAAAGACCCCAGAGCACAGAGGACAGAGAGCUGGUGUAGAGUUGACCGAAGCAUUUUCCUCACUCUCUGGUUUUAUGUGCCAAAUGUCUCUGCUCUGUCAGAGGUACCACGUGUCUCUGGCCUCUCUCUCGCACUCGGAGCACACUCAUGUUUGCAGGUUCCACAGCUCCUCGUCUGCUCCUCUCUCCUCCUCUGCACCUGCUUCUGCUCCUCUCUACUCCUCCAGCCACCCUAUGCCUCGUGAGGACUUUUACAUCGAGGUUCGCCCGGGCACUUACUCCAUCACCGCCUCCGACCCCGAAUCUCCACGGCAUCACCUGGUCUCCCCUGGCAACGAAACUCCAUGGCAACAGACUCACCUGGUCUCCCUGAACGACGGAGAGACCGUCCUCCUGACCUUUCACCUCUGACCCCUGAGUGACCCUCUGGAGACAUGAUAUAAAACCUCAACAGAGUUCAGAUUUUUUAAAGUUUAUUUUUUAUAAUUCAAAGUCCAAACCAUGAAAAGAAGAUGGACAGUUUAAACCCAUUCAAAUUAACCACAACGUUUUAAUAUAUUUUAUUUUAUAGUUGUUUUUUUACUAUACUUUGACAAAAUUAGCAGCAAACCAAUUACAAAUUUAAAUCCUCAACUUAAAACUGGAAAAAGUCACCGAAAUUAAGACAAUAUUGAUUUAAAAUGUAAAACCCAAAUUUUACAUUUUAAAGCAAUUUUAAAACUCACAAGACUCCAUUUUGUUUCUGUGAUCAGGGUUUUGUUUUGGUCGUAGUUUUGGUGUAUCUCACAGACUGUAUAAAGAAGAGAACUGAGGCAGUGUGACGUCAACCACAGCGUUCACCUCCAAAUGAAGCUCAUCGAGGAUAGCAGUUACAGCAGCUUAUCUGCAAUCAGGGACCAUAUUUGGAAAUCCACAAAACCAAGCCAAUCAGGAGCGAGGCUGUUGAAGGUACAAACCCUUUUCUCGCCCGUACCACUGGUUUAGGAGGGAGCUGGUACUUAGCCACGAAGCUGUCAAUCAAACCUACUACUGACACUAGUGGGAGCAACCUCGGGGACCGCAGACACUGGAUUUGUCUGUUAUUAAUGUUCAUACCUUGGUUUACAGACACAAUAGUGAAAUAAAAACCCCAGGAUCAUGUAGAGCAGGUGAAUACAAAAAUUUUAAGACUCAAAUGAUGAGUCUGACAGCAGCAGUUACAAAGAGAGGAGCCACAGUUUUUCAGUGUAAAGUGAAUUGGAGUCGAUGGAGCCGGAAGCCGCCAUGCUCACAUCCUGUUUGGAACAUGGCGGCUAGCAGGUUAGCUAUGUCUAUUUAUAUAUACAGUCUAUGGUGUAUCUAUGUAUCCUAACACCUUAAGUCUAAAACCAGGUAGAAAAGCCAUAAAGCGUUGAGCCAUUUCACCUUUUCAGACCUUCUGUAUUUUAAGCAUGAAUAUAAAAGAUUCACCAGGGUUUGACCAUGACAGUAUUAAAACCUGCACAACAACAUCAUGGUGUUCAAAUAUAACCUUUAUUUUUUUUAAGUGUUUUUGGAGAAUCUUGAAAUGCACUGAUUUUUAAUAAAAGCUGCACUUUUUAAUAAAGUAUUUUAAACAUGUUCUGUGUUUAAAGGAGCUCUAUGUAACUUUCCAGGUGUUGUCUCCAUGGAGAUGUUGUUUGGCUUGGAAUGUUCCACAGUUUGGCAUUAAACUUGGCGAUUUCCAUGGAGACAAACAGCUGUCUGACCCCCAAGCAGUGCUCUAAACAGGGAAUAGUGAGGACAUUCGGACAUACCAAGUAUUCUUUGGCAAACUCUUGUAACUGAAAAACUAAAAGGCCUCACCAUAAAAGUGUAUUUGUUUAUUUAUUGACCUUAUAUUAAAGGGCCCAGAUUAUAC